UUCACCCUUUCUGUUUGGCUUGAAAAAGUGCAACAUCAGCACAAAUCAUGUCGUGAUAAAACGUGAGUGUUGAUAAUUUCACCAAAAAAAUGGUAUAACUUACAUUUAAAUUUCCGGUAUUUUAAGUAACGGAAUCUUACCAAUUAUGAAAGCUUUUUUGAAUUUUAUAUUCUAGCAAUUCACUUUAUUAGCAACAAUGAAAAAGAUUUCCUGAGUCAAUUCAAUGUCUACAGACCUAUUUCCAGGAAUUUCUCAAUAACAUUAAAAAAUUCAUAUCUAGAACGCAUAAAAUAAGUUUUUACCUUCAAUUGAUUGUUAGUCUGAGGGUUAAUUGAAUUUGCUUCUCUUCAAUCUAAACAAUUCAAAAUUAGUGAUGACUUAUCCAAUGAUAAACAUUUAUAAUGUAAUUUUUAUGAGUUUUCAUUCUUGCAGAAUUUUAAAUCCAUUAUUUUCAUCGUCAUUAUCAUUUUCAGAUUCCAUAAAAUAGAAUUAAUCAAGUAGAAGUAAUCAUGCUAGAAUUAUCGAUCAAAAGAAGAUUUUUUAUCAUCUUGUAUUCGAAUAUGAUUUAAUCAAACACUUGAAGUUUAGGUUUUUUAAUCAGUUCUAGUCAUGCAGUAUUCUUGGUCUACAGUUUUUUACUAAACAUUAACGGCCAAAUUCUAAGCCUAGAUUUUUAAAUGAAAGAGCAGUAGACGAGUUGAUGUUGGGAAUGGCAUCCGCUAUCUGUGGGCCUAGAACCAUGUGGUGUGUGGUGGCCGUGACGCUGGUAUUGCUAGUGCUAGUGGCGCAGGUGUAUGGUCUAGGAAAGUUCAAAGACCUCGAUUUAGAUGAUGUAAUCAAUGCCAAAACGGUGAUCAGAUCUGGAAUUCUGUAUGGAAACAUAUUCAAAUUUGUUGGCGAUGACAUAUUCCAGGCCUGGACCGACAUUCCAUAUGCCAAACCUCCCACCGGUGACCAAAGAUAUAGGGAGGCGGAUUCAGAAGUAACGUGGAGUGAACCUAGGAAUGUGACAGCGAAGAAGCCUGAGCGAUGUCUUCAAUACAACUUUAUAUCAGAUAAAUACAAUCGAGUUGAGGGUACAGAAGAAGCAUGUCUCAUGCUUAGCAUCUACAGGUAUUUGGGGAUGUACUUUGAAAACAGACACGCCCUGACGGAAAUAGGAGUAAGGCCGCGAUUGGGUCCGGUCAUAGUGCUGCUGCAUCCAGGCACCUACAUGUACGACUUUCCGUUUGAUCCUCGAAGGUUCGCUGCCAACCUCUGCUGCGAUUUCUUUGUCACUGUUGUUGUCAACUAUAGACUCGCACAUACGGGUUUCCUGUCAAUGGGCAGGCAUAAAAAUGGCGUGAAAGCGAACCUAGGCCUAUUAGACCAAGUGGCCGCCCUCAAGUGGGUUCAGCGGAACAUCGAAGCAUUCUAUGGAGACUCGAAUAAGGUGUCAUUGGUGGGUGUGGGUGCGGGUGCUGCUGCUGUACAACUACAUCUCCUGUCAUCCAUGUCCAGGGGCCUGUUCCGCAGUGCACUCUCGUACAGCGGCUCAGCACUGGUGCCGUGGGCGAUCGGAGGCGAUGUCGGUAAGAAGAGCUUGAACUUUGUCCGCCAUAACCUCAACUGCACUUCGCUGGCAAUUACGGAAAUUGCCGAAUGUUUGCGUUCCAUCUCUCUCAACGCAUUGUUCAAAGAAGUAACUGGCAGAUUCAACCAUCCCUUGUUCCAUGACUUCCAGAACAUGCCGUUGAGCCCUCUGGGUCCUGUCGUGGAUAACAACUUCCUUGAUGAUGACCCUCUGAUCCUACUGAGGGCGGGAGCUGUCACCCAAAUGCCCUAUCUCUUCUCCUUCACUGAUUCGGCAGGCAUACUUCCUGCAGCACAUCUAUUCGAGAAGGAAGUUUCUGAGACCAGAGUUGAGAAUGAAUGGAAUACCUUGGCACCAACCAUUCUCGACUACAACUACACAAUGCACCAUCUGUUGCAUGAAAAGUUUGCUGAGCGUGCUCGCAAGUUCUACUAUCCGGAUUACGAAAACGGUACUAAACCGCUCUUGUUCGACAAUUAUGGGCGUUUUAUCAAGAUGCUAACUGACCGUCUGUACACAACGGGCAUUGUUGAGGGGGCUCGGCUGCAGGGAGUUGCUACCAAAAAUGAUUCUGUCUAUAUGUACAGAUAUUCCUAUCAGGGUGAAUUCAGUUUUUCUGAUCAGAUUUUUGGAUCUCGCCAACUUUUUGGGCCAGCGGUAGCAGAUGACUUCAUGACCUACAUAGCCAAUCAAUUUCCUGUGCGAAACUUCGCAGAUCGUGUCCAGAAACAAAUGCUGACACAUAUUUUUCUGGGAUUCAUAGAAUUUGGGUGGGCAGACCUACCGCAGGGGCAUACGAUCAAUGAUACGUUUGGUUUGCAUUUCUUAGUGCCAAUGGCGACGACAAAGCAAUAUUUCAAAGGAGCCUCACAUCCACAGCAAAAACGCAAUGCACGCGGCUCUCGCAUUGUAUCAUACAACCACUUACCUCCAAGUCACUUAGUGGCAGGCAGCAAAAAGCACGAGUCGUACGCCAUAAAGCACUCGAAUGACCUUGGGAAGGCCAAGUUUUGGCGUAGGGCUCCCAUUCUGCAUCCCACAAUACGUUAUCGGGACCGCGGCCUCUAUCCAGAAAUCCUCAACGAUGAAGCUUGGGAUGACCAUCCUCAUAUCGAUGAUGUUCUUAAUGAACUCAGGGGUAUCGAAGCACCAAAACAUAAUAAGCCAGAACAAAAAUCAGUUCCAGAUUAGUAAUGACUAAUCAAAUUUAUAAUCAAAAUCUUUAUGAUCUGAAUAUAAAUACUUAUGAGUGUUCUAAUCUAAGUAAGAUCUGAAUUGAAAUUGAAUUGUAUUUGUGUGGCACUCCUACACAAAAUUGAGAAAAUAAUAAAUUCAUGUUGUGUGAUCUGAAAAUAAAUUAGG